UGGUUUGGUUUCAUUCUGUCAUACUUAUAAUACUUGCAAAAAGAUACACAAAACACAGAUAUCCAAAACAAAGGGCACAAAUUCAAUAGAGUAUGGGAUUAUUAUAUGAUCAAAUAAAAGGAACAAGCUAUACUAAUACUACUAAAAGCAAUGGUAAACAUACACAGAUAUGCAGAUAGCAUGUGGAUUAGUCUGAUUAAAAAGUAAUGUGGGAUUUAAAUGUGCUUAAAGUACAAUUUGGAUAAAAUUGCUUUUUAUUUUCUAUACAGGCAUAAUAUAACUGCUGGGAAGAAUAAAGCCAUUGUCAAAAUUAGAAUUUUUCUGCUUCACUCAGCUUGAAAUAAAGAAAUAAAUAGUAAAGACACACUAGUUACACACAUACUGUUUCAACUUAUUUUAAUCCUAUCAUAAAAAAAUGUUUACUGUAUUCCUGUAAAUAGAUAUGUUUCCUAUUGUGACCUUUCUUCAUUGUAAAACACACAUUUUACUCUGAUUGGCCCAACUACAAAAUUAAUACAGUCUAUGUCCAUUUCCUUCCGUUUUUGUGCUUCAUGAUGAAGCUAUUUGAGCCUCGGCGAGCCUGACAUUCUGAGCAGUGAUGUGUUUAACUAAUAUGAGUUGUUCCUCAGAGCUGCAGGUGCUAAAUAAAAGACAUCAGAGGGAUGCACCUGGUGCACGCAUUUGAAUCCACCCAUCUUUAUUCAUCUUGUUCGCAUAAAUGUUGCAUCCUGUGGUUGCAUCCCAUCUUUUAGAGAGGUGUCUCAAACUUAUGACCCCAUUCUCGCUUCCUCUACUUGUCAUGUUGGAGUAUUACCAGCAGAGGGCACCACCGCUUUCAAACUUAUUCUCAUUCACAAGAAGCUACCUCUUUUGAACCUUGUUUAAAUCUGUCCUUACUCAAUUGAGUUUUUGAUUUGUUUUGAUGUUAUCUUCCAGACAGAGCAGACAAAAAGAUGCAAAUUGCUUUACAUCAUUGCAUAUUCCUUCUGCAUGUAGCUUCUCAGCUUGAUAAGGUGUCUUAAAGCAGGUCACAGCAAUUGAUAUUUAAGAUAUCUGUCUUAUCUCUGUUUUUGAAAGACAUUUGGAAAAUGUUAUUCCACUGAGUAGGACUGAAGUUGCUUUGAAAGACAUCUUGGGACUGUUAAUCUACUGAGAAACACUGAAAUUCAUUAAACAUCAAAGCAACUGCCAAUUUGUUUUUUUGGAAGAAGUCAUAUCUUUGUUGAUCUGUUUAACUGUCUCUAAAUAAAAUCUGAAACAGAAUCCUGUCUCUAGCUUAGGCAAGUCUUCUGUCUUGUAAAUACCCUUCACUCAUGCAUUGUGGGACAUCAUGUGGGUCACGUUACUUAUCCAAGAGGACACUGGCCCAUUUUUAAGACAGUCUUGCAAAAGUCACAUGGCUUGGAUAGAGGCUUGAGGAUAGCAAUGCCUCAUCAUCAGCCACCAACCACGAGAUCACAGGGAAGAGCAGAAACAGGGGGAAUUCAACAAAGAGGAUUUCUGAAGCCCCCGCCCACCCCUCUGUCUCUUUCCAUCUCCCUCUCUGCAUUGGAUGUUCAGCCCUUGUGCUCAGUAACUCUUUUGUUCACCAAAGCAUCCCUCACUGCUGACUGGAGACAGUACCCACCAGCACCUAGUUUAUAUCAAGACAGAGAGUGUUUACUUCCUAAACACUAUGGACUGAGGAGAGUUGGAAGCAAAUGAAAAAGGAUGGUUUGUCAGUAACUGGCUGAAACUCGAGAUCUGUGAGUGGUUACCUGAGCUCCAGAGGGAUGACUCUCCGCAGGCCAGCUGCCCACGUACGAAGAGCUCCGGGCUGGAGGAGAUCAGGAGACGAGUCCUACUGGGAGAGCUUAAUGUCAGAGGGGGAGGUUUUGCCCCGAGUCUCUCGCCCCCCACAUGCACCUCGGCCCCAGAGUGCCAUUGAAGGAGGCCAGCUGGACGGCUGGCUGGAGCACCUGCAGAGGAUGCAGAGCGACCUUCUCAGAGCCCCAGUUCAUGAUCAGGUUCCAACUUUCAAUGAUCGGACAACAUCCAUGCCUACUCUCGACAGACCAAAUGGACAUGCCUGGAGACAGACCGGGAUUCCAUCCUUCAGCAGGGGUUCAUCUUCAUGUGGGAGUCCCAGCCUGUGUGAGAGUUCACUGGGCAGCCAGGAUUCCCUCCAAACUGGGUUUGUUUCUCCUCCAGAGCGCAGAGGAAGCUGGGAGAGAGCUCAUAUUAUGCAGGCCCCACGGAAGGAGCAGGCUCAACUCAGUUAUCUUGCUCCAGUCAAAAUUGGGUGGCUGCCAAUCCAAAGAAAAGUGAUGGUGGCUAAUUCUUGCAACCAAAACCAGUUUAUGGACCACUCUGCUGGCCAGGUGAAAUUGAAACAAUCCAUAACUCCAACAUUUAAGGAGAAUCGAGCAACAGCCAAUAGGCACCGGGAUGGAGAGGUGGAGAGAAGUCACACCAGUCCAAGCGCUUUGGGUGUGAAGACGUGGCAGAAAGCUGAUCAAGGCUCUACCAUUAUUAAACAGGUGCCAGAAAAACGAAGCUUUCCUGCUAACGAAGGGGACAGACCUGUAGGCUGGCAAGCUCUAAGGAGAGGCUGGAAUACCAACAGGGUGUCAGCUUUCCCUGGAGGCAGCCAGUCCAAUGAGCUCCCCACAGGGACCAGCUCAGACCCCAACAGGAAGUCCCCUCUGAUGAAAACAACCAGCAUAGAGCCCCUCAAACAUACUUCUGCUGAUCCCCGCGAACCACACACUCUGCCUCAAGGUACAAACAGCACAGAGACAUACAAGUCACAUACUCCUUUGCAUAGGACAAGUAAUGUUCAGCCUAUAAGGGCAACAGCCCCGCUGUGUAGAACAAACAGUAGCUCACAGCCCUCACAUAAACAGACAAGCUCUGCUGUGACUACAAUCAUCCCUCAGAACAAAGCAGGCUUCUCCUCCAUCACUAUCUCCUCCAGGAAAGUGAGCAGAUCGUCCAGUUUGCCUGGCUCCCACACCUGCAACCACUCUUCUCAGUCCAGUGAAUCCUCUUCUCUGCCACUAGCCCACCAGUCCAUGGACCCAAACUCCAUGCAGGUCACAGUGCAGAGGAAGGCCACUAUAGUCAAAGUGACAGAGCAAAGGAUGAUGUCCAGCCCUGUCCCGAGCACAAAAAGGGCGGGGACCCCACCAGCCAGCCAUGCUUUGGACACAGUGGUCCACAGAAGAAAGGCUACCAUCAUCAAAGUGACAGAGCACAGGGAAAGCUACAGUCCAGCCAAGGUUGGGUCUGGGAUGAGGCACCCAGAGUACAGACACAGCUACACAGAGGGAGUGUACAAGGAAAACAGCAUGUGGAGUCAGGGAAACCAUUCACAACACAAUGCAGCAUCUUCAUAUCACCAUCUGGAUUCCACAAAGAGGUCAAACUCUGCUGUAGCACCAAAUACAUCCACUCCAGAUCCAGAGAAAAGUGGUGGAACACUACACAGGUCCACGCUGAGACUUUUUGUGAGCACCCCCCCUGCUAUAGCAGCACCCACUCCCUCAGAGGUUUCUCUGAAGGCUGUUGGACAGAGAUUGGACAGGCCGCACAGACCGCUGAGCUGCUAUGGCAAUGUGUUUGGACACACUGAGCUAAGCAAUGAGAAUGUGACACAACCAGCUGCCAGGAAAUGGAGCUUUGGGCUUCCACAAGAGACCAAUAUCAACCCUGUGAACUCCGACAGCAGUUUCAUCAGCCCUCGAACAGCAGUGAAAGAAGCAGGUCAGCUAGUGGCAGACACCCUUAAGCCAAAUGGAGGCGAGAAAGAAAGAUUGCCGCCAGAGAAUGCAGUGAGGAGAGCGUCCCCCUGUCUAACUCUCAUCAAGGCCCCGGAUCCCCACUCACAUCAGUCUCCAGAAGAAGUGCUUGCCCUCAAUGCAGCUGCAGUCAUAGCAAAUAUCAAACUCCAAAGACAACUUAGUAAGAAAAAAUCACCAAAUGGCAAUUCUGAGAAGGACUCCACUGCACGACCCCAGGGAAAUACUGAUGAGGGGAAAUGUAUGAAGCCACAUCCAGAUCAAAGCCCAGUCCAGCGCCAGAACCAACCUCAUGCUGCAUUUGUUCCACUGAGUCUUGACCCUGAAAGGUCACUGGAAACUAUUUCUCUACAGGAAGCACUGCAGAGGUCCAGACCAGACUUCAUCAGUCGUUCCCAGGGCAGAGUGCGAGAGCUGGAGGAAAGGGCACAGGAGAGGAGGGAGCUGGCGGAUUCAGUAGACCCACAGUCGGAUGCUGCUCUCAGGCAGAGGAGAGCCCACAGUGCCCAAUCUACCUCUCUGAACGAUAACCUUUUCAAACCCAGAGAUAGAGCCAUUAUUGGGAAAGAGAUGCAGCUCAGAUCUAAGUGUACGCUUGCAGAGGUGAAGAGAAAGAAAGAGAAAGAGAAGAAGAGGGAGGUGUGUUUGAGCAACAGACAGCGAGUUGAACUCUUCAAAAAGAAACUGUUGGAUCAGAUUCUUCAAAGGAGCAACAGCUAAAUGACUGACAACAGAUGAAGAUGAUGACAUGACAAACCCUGCAGUGUAUAACAGACUGAUAAAAUGAACGUUGCCCUUUGACAGUGCUGAAUAUGAAUUAAAAUAUUAGUGUAGGUCAUGAUAUAACUCUAGCUGUCCUUUAGCGCCUUUUUUUUCUCUAAUGUAUUAGGAUUACAUUUGAUUUACAGAGCUUAACAUCUGUUUUUUUAGCUGAAAGAUAAAUCCAUGGCAAUCUUCCAAAAGCCAAGAAGGUCAUUUAAGAUCACUUACCGCAGUUUUGAAGUUUUUACCACUUUUUACCAAAGACUCUUCUGGAUAAAAAAAUAUAUUCUGAUGCACAAUAAGAAAGACUUUUAACCUGUUUCCCUUAUUGCAACUCUACUGAAGAGAUGGUAGGUGAAAGUGACAUAUCUCCACCACAUAAACAUAAUGUUAACACAGAUAAAUACCUGAUAAUAAAACUUUUUUAUUUUGUUAACAUGUUGUACAAAUCCAGCAAGAAGAUAUGUCCAUCUUUGUAUGGAUGAAAAAUCAGAGUAGCAGUUUGAGACAGCUUAAAUAGGUUACAAUAGUAUAUAGUAUAAUAGUAUGACAGAAUAUAUUUGAUGCACUUGGGCAGAAGCGUCAUUAAGAAUUCUGGAAAUACCUUCAGAACAGCGCUAAGUGUUUAUAAAUGACCGUCUGGGUUUCUGAAAGAUUGCCAUAGAUUUGUCUUUUGAGGAAAAAUAGAUACUUAUCUCUGGGACUCAGCUGUCCUAGUUGCACUUGUAUGCGAUUACAAAUGAAGAUGGCCAAAAUUCUGCUUUGGUUGUAAUCAAAUAUCGCAUUGAGCCCCAUAAACACACUGACUGAUAAGCUUUUGAUGUAACAUCUAAACCACGAAUGCAUGCUGUUUAUCAGUAUUAUCUGGUUUUCACUUGAUUGCAAAUUGCCUUUCUUUCCAGAAUACUUCGUGUAAUGGGAUGCAGAGUAGCCUCUCACUGCACGAUAAAGCACUGAUAUCCUCACGCAGCCACUUUCACAUGAUCUCAUGUGAUGUGAAGCAGUGAUAUAAGACAGAAUCACUCAUUAUGCUUCGCAGUCUCAUCCAGGACAGUCUUCAACCGUCGUCCUUAUUAUACAACCAAUAAGCAGAAAGAAGCCUGAAGUGGGUUCUGCCAUCAUUCAGUGCCAGCUAUUAGCUGUAAGAUGGAGGAAUGUGACCUCUUCUCACUGGAAAUGCCCUGUUAAUGGACAGUGCCGAUUUGAAUGGAGCUUUUGUCUCUGUCUUUGUCUCAUGAUGGACUGGGGCCUGCCAUUGCAGAUUUAGAUUUGUGUGUUUUGAUCCAAAGUGAAAGUGCUCAGGGUGCUACUCAGCAACAUGAUAGAGCUGAGCAUAAAUCAAAAGUGAGAGUGUGAAUAUUUAUUUUUGGAAUAAUAGACAAUAGAAAAGACACUCUUCAUUAUUAAUUGUUAUUUUACUCAUUAGCCUUUAAGUUGGAGUUCUUUCAUAGUCUAGCUGUUUCAUCCAUCUAAAUUUUCACUGAUGUCUUGGAGAAGACAGAUGAUUGCUACUGACUAUUUUUGUAAACCUUAUUUCAGUUCACAUGCUGGUGUGGGUGUAUUUGGACUGUAGGGAAUAAUUAAUAACAGCACUCAUGGUUCAUAAUUGUUUUCUUCUUCCUAAAAUGAGUCAUUUUAGACUAGAAAGUAGAAUAAGACAUCCAACUGCUGCGUGAAGAAGGUUAUUUACUGUGUGUGUCGUUUUCUCUAUUCAACUUCACAAAGAAGGUUUCGCUAUGCAAUAUAACAUUCUUUCAACUUUAUUAUUUUGUUUGAAUUUAAUUAUAUGUAUUUUACAUUUGAGUUGUAUCUUGUUUGAUUUUCUUCCAAAUGUGACUAUAAAAUUUGCGUCAUCAAGCAGU